UCUAAGGAAGUGACAGCCUUAACGACAGAGAGGUGUUGUAAACAGUGGAUAAACGCUCACAGUCAGCUAGGAGUCUUAUGGCAGAAGUGCAUGUAAUUGGCCAGAUCGUUGGGGCCACUGGUUUCCCACAGAACAGCCUUUUUUGCAAGUGGGGUGUACACACAGGUGGAGCAUGGAGGCUUCUUUCUGGUCUAAAGGAAGGCCAGACCCAAGUGGAUAUGCCUCAGAUUGGUGACAUGGCAUACUGGAGCCAUCCUAUUGAUUUGCACUACACAACUAAAGGCUUACAGGGUUGGCCAAAGCUUCAUCUCCAAGUGUGGCAUCAGGACCCAUUUGGGCGAUGCCAGCUGUAUGGUUAUGGUUAUUGCCAUGUACCGUCAAGCCCAGGGCAGCAUCGCCUGCAAUGUGCAACAUGGCGACCGCUGGGAUCCUGGCAGGAUCAACUUGCUCAUAUUUUUGUUGGCGGUGGCCCACAGCUGCGUACUCCAGAUCUCAUUUACAGUGGAGCCGACAGAUACAGACUCCACACGGUUGCCAUGGGCACAGUCGAACUAGAGCUGUGUGUCAUUCUGAGGCACUUUGACAGAUAUGGUGUGGAGACCUGACGAUGGAUGGGAGAUUGUUAGAUAUUUUUGUGCAAAUAUUUUGUUGUAUAGAACAGAAGCACAUAUAUAAGUAUAUGUGAUUAUCAGGAUGUACAUGUUUAGAAUGUAGGAUUGUUAUAUGAUU